CCUGUUUCAAAACAAAACAAAAUACACUUUAAAAGAAAGAAGUGCUUUCUUCCCUGGGGAAGCUGGAGGAGAGAGGUGUCUCACUAAGAUGGAGCACUUGGAAUAAUGAGAACCAGUAAUACAUUUCACCUUCUGAAAGAUGUUUCAUUAUCACACACUCCUGACCCUCACCAGCUUAUAACUCUGUUCCUUGUUCUUGGUACAAGGAACCUCACAACCACUACAUCUACUCUAAUAUACUCUGUAUCUUUGAGUUCAGUUGCUCAGCUUGUUUACUACCAAACAUAGGGUUCAAUUCAUUAAUUGUUUCUAAGUUGCCGUUUUCAUAAAAAUGUGUAUAAUGUGCACCACAUCUCCAUGCUCAUGUACAUUGUGAAUAAUGGAUACAAGUCACAUAGCAUAGUCCCCACAUAGUUACUUUCUAUGUAUAGGUGUAUGAUAGAGAGUACUAAAUCUAUUCUCUUAGCAAAUCUCUGAUGUAGUACAGUAAUGUGUGAAUGGGAAUCCCUAGGAAAAGGCUGUGUCUACAAAGGCUGUUGAUUAAAACUCAUUGACUGUGGAGAAUUUGGAAUGUUGCAGGUCCAGAGCCUAAUUAAAAUUUAUCUCAUGCUGUCUUUAGUUCACAAGAGAUGUAUUCUUUGCCCACUUCUGUGGUGUGGGACCUAAUAUCCUAAUGAACAGAUGAAAAAAAACAACAACAUUGGAAUGGAUUAACAAAACCGUACCAACCAAAGGUCCAAGAAUGGUAUCAGAUAGCACCUGAGGCCUGUAGCUGAGAUCUAUCCCUGUCUGUAACUCAUCUCUCUGUUAACAAGGUUUUUUUUUGUUUUGUUUUUUGUUUUUUGUCUUGUUUUGUUUUUUGGUUGUGAGCCUAGCCUUUAAUGGCUGAGCCAUUUUACAAAUGCCUUAAUUUAUGACUUUCUUUGUUCUGUAACUAUAGAUACUUCAUGAAACUGCCUCCACAUUGGAACAUAGAAUUUGGUGGAGUAACCUAAAUCUGUGUUUCUGGGCCAUGAUGACUCAAAUUUGCCUCCCAAAUAAACUGACUCUUCUUUGUUUUGAGAUCACCAAAAUAGUCACCAAGAGAAUCCAUGAAUGAAAUAACUAAUUAAAGCUCCUGCUGGAGAAGACAGAAAUGAAAAACAGCCUUGAGGGGGAAAAAAAAGUGGAGAACUGCAAAUUGAAAAGGUAGGAAAACAAUUAGGAGUCACAUGGCUAGCUCCCUCCUUCAAUUAAGGAGCUAAGGGGGCAGCUCUCACUCUGGAAUAAAUGAAGAAACCUGGGUGAACCCGAACCAGUCGACAAGGAGGAAGAGACAGGUCGGGGGUGGGGAGCAAAACAGGAACACAAACUCCAGGAGGAAACGACUCCAAUGGAGCGCUUUGUCCAGGUUCCUUACAGUUUCCACCAAGGCUAUGGGAGCACUCUGCCUUUGAGCCAGCCUGGCCUCUGGAGACACUGUAAACAGCAAGACUGGAGGCAAAACAUGGGCCCUCCUGUUUUCCUAGCCAGGCCAGGGCCUACACUACCAGCAAAUGCCUCCGAGUCCUGCGUCUACCCUUACAAGAGGGCUCAGCUUCAGGCCAUUCUCACCCGGAUGAACCCCAACCUGAGUCUGCGGCUCUGCCAGGCCAACACUAAGGACGUGGCUGUGCAGGUGAGCCUUCGGGUGGACAAGGCGGUGCAGUGCUCACUGGGACCUCAGACCCUCUACAGCGGCGCCCUCUGGGACAGAUCCAGCCUCGGGAAGCCCGCAGAAGCUUCCUGGAGGAGAGCCUUGGUCCAGCUGCCCAAGGAGGAGGGACACAGGGAAAGCCUAGAGCUUACGGCCAGUCCACACACAUCGACGAUGAAGCCAGACGGUGACAAGCAGGAGAACCUCCCACAGCUGAAGGAAGUCGGGGAGGAAGAUGCCCCCAGCCCUGGGGACGGGAAAAGCAAGCUGGUAUGUGGAAACAGAGUCACAGGCCACCUGGGAAGCCCAGAUUUUCAGUUUUUGGAACCAAAAUACGGCUAUUUUCACUGUAAAGACUGUAAGACCAGAUGGGAGAGUGCUUACGUGUGGUGCAUCUCUGGUACCAAUAAAGUUUAUUUCAAACAACUCUGUUGCAAGUGCCAAAAGAAAUUUAAUCCUUACAGAGUGGAAGCAAUUCAGUGUCAGACCUGCUCAAAAUCCUGUUGUUCCUGUCCUCAGAAGAAAAGACACAUUGAUAUCAGGAGGCCACACCGCCAGGAGCUUUGCGGUCGCUGCAAAGACAAGAGAUUCUCCUGUAGCAAUGUUUACAUCCUGUGACAGCAGCCGUGGUGUCUGGUUAAUAGACUUGGCAGCGGGGUGCGCCUCUGCGCAAGUCGGCUCUGACUGGACGAUAGCGAACGGUGUAAGCUUUUGUCUUUGGGGUAGGUUGGAAACAGUUGUACAAUGUGAGUGGAAUAAAAUAAAUGCAUG